UUUUUUGAUGCUCGUGCUAGAAACUGAGUUUUGCAUAAUUGGGCGCCAUUAUGGAGGAAUUCUCUGAAUGGGAGGAUAUUACCGUGGAGUUUAUGGAAAAAGCACGUUGCUUGGAAAUAGGCGAAGUAGUUUCUUGCAUCUCUUUUUAUGAUGCCAUGACAGCCUUGGAAAUGAUGGAACCCAAAAUGGAUAUGGGGCUUCAUCUUAUUUCUAAUCCCGAUCGAAUACUAUCUAUUGAGGACGCCCUUAACAGAAAUUUGGUUAAAAUUAAAGAGUUUGCCCCUAAGGAAGUUAUAGGUAUUUUUGAUGAGCUGCUACGUAGGGAAGUUUCUUGGCUUUCGGGCCAGUCAAUAGCUCAAACCAUAUACUCGAGUCUAUAUAUGCUUCGCCCGUCUAUCGUGGAGGAUCCCAUCUUACUCUCGCUUUGUUUGGGUUUAAGCAAAACUUCUACGCUGAUGCAUAAAAUUCUUCUCGAUUCUGGUGUCUGCAGUGAAGAAGAUUUUCAAUUCAAAUUAUUAAAUUCUGAUUCUCACGACUAUCUGCCUGAUGACCGUGAAGUUGUUAACCUGCUGGAAGACUCCAUCGCAUUUGUUACAUCUCAUCUUAAAGCAAAUAAACUUGAAACUGAAGAACUUUUGAGCUGGCGAGCCGUCCAACACAGGCUGAAGUUUCGACUAUCUUUACUUCAAUUUUUUAUGCAGUGGACGACCUGUUCAGUUCAUAAUAGUAGUGCUUCUUUGUAA